GUCAUUUCUGGUGGUAAAGAACUGUACCUCGUCUUUCAUGGACCGUGUCGACUGGUUGGCUCCAAAUUCUGCUUUGUUAUGCAUAGCUUCGCUCUACACUGUUACGCUCAUACAUUAUGGAGUUUGCUGUUCUCAUUUUCAUAUCGUUUUUACGUUUUGAAGCGAACACCACCAAAGAAUGGCGUCAUUGUAGCAAUUAUACUUGUGAUGUAUUUGCCAUCACUCCUCCAAUUUAUAUCCUUUUGCUUUGCCAACGAAAAAGAAGCCGAAUUGAAAGUACUGAUAAAGGAGAACUUUGGUUAUGACGUGUAUUCGGAAUGUGUUGGCGGAAGCAAAAAUAUUUUGAGUUGGAGAUCACUCCCAGCAAUUCUUCACAUGUCAUUAUCAGUUACUCCAAUCUAUAUCGCUAUUCAUGUGCUCAGAAAACUUACCAUUUCCCUGUUGGAUAUGGGAUUGGUCAUGUCAGAGAACAAUCGACGUAUUCAUUCCCAACUUCUUCAGGCACUCACGGUGCAGGCCUGCUUACCUGCUUUCUUUCUACUGGCCGUCAUCGUGUACGCAAUUGAACAGUUGGAUAUCAUUCGUCAUCCACUUCUCGAAUAUUCCUGUUUCAUACUGAUCGGUUUGAUUCCUGUGCUCAGUCCGCUUACCUCGUUUCUUUUUAUUCGUCCUUAUAAUAAAUGGAUAAGAGAGACACUUUUUCGCAGCCACAAAGUGUCUUCCAGCAUCAAAGUGUCGACAAUUGCGUCAACAGCUAGGAUAAGCGAUCUAAAUGUUAUGCUUUAA